AGGAAUGAUGAGGGACAAGUUCUUCGCUCCCGAAGACCAUGAAAGCAGCAACACUCGCCUUCAUCUGCUUCUCUUCAUUCAUCAGCAUCUCUUCUCAGCGAAGAGUUGGGAUGACUUCACAUUCGUCUGAAUAUCUGGAAGAAGCGAGUGAGCCCAUGAGAGCGGUGCUGGAAGCCUCCCUCGCUCUCCGCUGUUCCUACAUCAUCCUGACAGAUGGGACGUCCGCCCCUGGUUCCCUUCGUAAGAUCAUAUCCGGGCUCCCUGGAGCGUCCGGUGUCGGCAUGUUCGAAGUUGGGGCCGUUGAUAACGAGACGAACAUCGAAACUUUGGUAACGGCAGCGAAACAGCUCAGGACCAGCCAUGGGAACGUGAGCAUCCUGGUGAUAAGCAACGACCGUCAGUUCUUGAGUUCGUUCGCCCAUGCUGACGACUCUCGUCUCGUGGUUUGGGGGACAAAAGUCCUCGUGGUGACCCAGCUGCCUCCCGGGGACAUUCCCCGUCUCAUGUCGCUUCACUGGACGUUUUCGAUGUUCAACACGAUGGUCCUUAAUGUGGUGGAUUCGGGAAACCACUCAAGAUGGGACAUCCACAGCUACUUCCCAUACUCUCCUGAGGGCGCUCAAGCUGUACGAGUUGCAGUGUGGACUUCCAAACAGGGUCUCAGGAUCAUGAAUGGCCGAGGGCUCUUCCCUGAAAAAUAUCAAAACUUCCACAAAGCACCAGUGAACGUUACAGUGUGGCCCUUCAUGCCAUACUUCAUGGCACUGGAGGACGACGAUUCUGUCAUUGAGGAGUACGACGUCGUUGAAGAGAUGAUCAAGAACGUGACUAACAAUGACUCUGGAAAGAACAUGUAUGCUGGCAGAGAUUACAUCAUGUUGCAGGUCGUGGCUAAGCUCUUCAACUUCACCAUCAGGAUUGUUCCCGUCGGCAGCUGGGAUGAAGUCAUCGAGAAGGUGAUAAAACGCGUUUCGUUCAUGUCCCCCAUGAGACUAGCGAUACUGCCUCAUCUUCUGCCUCACCUGGACUUCUCUGCAGACUUCGAACCGGAGACCCUGACCUUCGUUAUGGCCAAGCCAAGCUUGAAGCCCCGAUGGCAGUCACUUAUUUACCCUUUAAGUGAGGUUGUCUGGAUGUCAGUGGGCAUCAUUCUCCCUAUUGCUCUGCUUGUGUUCUAUCUUGUUUUCCGUCUAGACCUGGGGAUUGAGGACAGGCAGAGCUAUGGCUGGUGGACAGUAACCGAGAUUGUUCUGGGUACUUUGCUCGGCCAGGGAAUGACAAAGGAGCUCCCAAGUACGAAAUCUGUCCGGCUGGUUCUCCUGUCCUGGGCAGUGUUUGCCUUCCUGAUUGGCACCCUCUAUCGUGGAAAUCUCACAGCCUUCCUCACUUUACCAAAGUUCCCACAAAGGAUCGAGACUUUGCAGCAACUGGUGAAUGCAAAGGCCAGCAUGCUUAUUCCUCCAGACACGGUUGACUUCUACAAUGGCUUCAAGCAGUCCCCUCCUGGUCCCUACAGGGAUAUCAGCCAGAGGAUGACCUUCGUCUCUUCCCUCCAGGUGGCUUUCCCCAGACUACUGAAGGAGAACACAGCCUACAUGUAUGAGAGAAGGAACCUGGACUUGAAUAUUGCGCGCCAUUACACAAGAGGAGAUGGCUGGACACCUUUCUAUGCAGCCAAAGAGAAUAUUUGGCCAGGCACUUGCGCCUGGCCUAUCAUCAGAGAUGCUCCGUUCAGGCACAUCCUCGACCGUUACAUCGCAAUCUUUGUUCAGGCUGGCUUAGUGGAUCAGUGGGGCGACGAAACAGCCUACAAGUUCAGAAGUAGCGCACGUCAGCAGGAGAACACAUUAGGGAGCAAACCGGAAGUCUCUUUUGGAGAGGAUGACGCUUCUGUCAGCGAUGCUGGAGACGGACAAGAAGAUAUCCAGCCGCUUACAGUGGUUCACCUACAGGGUCCUCUGCUUCUCCUGCUGCUCUGCCUUUUGGCAUCAUUGGUAGCUUUUGCAGUAGAAGUCCUCUUGGGUUUCUGUUCACGCAAUUGAAAUUCCAGUAGAGCUCAGUGUAUUCUGUAGCCCUCAUCCAUGGCAGUGUUUGUAGGACUGAAGUGGGGGAUCUGAGGGAUUUUACAGAAUCUAAAGGGAAUGUUCUCUCCUCAGGGAUGCUAUUUGAAGUGCUGUGAAGAAUUGGAUUGAAAUGUUAGUUUCAUAGACUUUGUAUGGUCCUUACCUCCCAACUUGUAAACUGUUUACCAUUGGAUCCCUAUAAAUCUGGCAAUUUUUGUUGGCUACAUCCCUCGUAUCUUAACUAGUGGGGCAAAAAGCAGUACAAACAGUACUGCAUCUGUUUACAAGCGAAUGUAAGUGACUGUUUCUUUUUUUGGGCUACAAGUACUGUGGAUACUGCCCCAUUAGAGUUCCAUCUUACCUGCUCCAGCCUUUCCAGUCAUACUUAUAACUGAAAUAACCCACUUCGUACUAUCGGUUACAAGUUUUGCAAAUAAAUCUUUAGUAACCAGAUCAAAAGUUCCUUUAUUGCAUUUUCCAUUUAAUGUCUUACACUCUUGCAUUCAGAAUUUGUUCAUGAGAUGGAUAUGCCAUUUUCACUUUUUGCAAGAAAGCAUAAAGCAUGUAAUUUCACCACAUAGAAAUGAAAGCAUAAUCAUGCACAAUGGCCUUAUUGCAAACAAGAGAAGCCAAGUAAAACAAGAUCCACCUUGACCCACAUAGGAAAUUCAGUGCAAACUUUGGCUAGUGCAGAGACUGACCUUGUGAGAAACAGUCACCACCCAGAUAGACGGCCAUAUUUUUUGUUCAAAAAUGCAUGUAUUCAUUACAUAUCUGACAUAUCUGUGAAAUAAGUAAUGAUUCACUUUCAGUCCUUUUGAUAGUUUUACGGAUGUUACAAACUAGCGAUUUGAUUUUACAUACAACGCAUUUAAUCAUGCACAUCGCACUAAGAUUUGAAUUCAUGUUAAUUUGUGAAAUUCGUAUAUUUAAAAUUUAUACUCUAGUUAUGUCGUUAAUUCUUGUAUCUGCAAAACAAAUACCCCUCACGUUGCAGUAAUUAAUUGUUGGGCCCAUUGAGCCACCUGUUUACCACAAAACAAUGUAUUUCUUGGCCUUGAAGCACUUCGUAAUAAUUACUGGUCAUAGCAUCAGAUAUGACGUUUCAUAUUCCAAUGUUAAUGCAAUUCUUUGAAGUAAUACUUGAUAUGCUAACUUAUAUGUUUAACCAGUAUUGAGGCCAGUGUCAUACUUUUCAGGCAGAGCAAUCAGUCUACAGGGAUAAAAUACCAUCCAGCUAUCUCACUCACUUUUUAUAAUCAGUUCUUAUAGGCUUAGGCGCUAUAGUGCUUGUAAGUGCCGCCGAUGGUCUCCCUCGUUAGCGUUGCCUUUACCUGGACAUGGAACUUGAAAUUUUUGCAGUAAAAUGCAAUGAAAAACUUUCGGGACGAGGCCAUAGGCGAUAAUACUUUGGAGUUCAUUCGCUCAUCAUGGCUGUAUUUAUUAGCAUUGAAAGAUUUCAUCUUUUCCCCUCCCCUCACAUUCGAAAAGCAUCUACCUUUUGUAGUAGGUCAAAUGUAAAUGUCCUUCAUGAAUAA